AUGUUUUCCGGAACUCCAACGAGCGGGCCCUCCACUCCGGAGCCGCAAUCCCGUACUACGCCAACCAACUAUGACAACAUGAUUGCCCGAACCAAAAGAUCUCAAUUGCCGAGCCUCCACUCUGAGCCUUACUGGUAUUCAAAAAUCACCGAAAGUAGUGUCGCUAGUGCGCUUGAUUCGUUUGCGAUUGCAUCAAGAUAUCACUACUACAUCAUGGAUAAUGACAAUGUAUUGUCGGGUCCAGUUCUAGCGCCAAAAAGCCUUGCUCAUGUUGUACUGCGGACUUCAAAUUUCAAGCCCAUGAUCGCAUUCUACAAAGCAUUUCUUGGAGCUCAUGCUACUUUUGAAAAUGAUUUUCUCUCUUUUCUGACCUAUGACGAGGAGCAUCAUCGACUCGCCAUCGGGUACGUUCCUGGAACUUCGGAAAAGGUUCCCACAUCGGCGGGUCUAGAGCACAUUGCUUUUCAAUUUGGCAGCAUCCACGACCUUCUCACUGCAUACCAACAGCGUCUGGCCAGAGGGAUUUCUCCCAUUUGGUGCGUCAACCAUGGACCAACGACCAGCAUCUACUAUCAAGAUCCGGACGGCAACCAGCUGGAGACGCAAGUGGACAACUUCGACACUGUCGAGGCUGCUACCGCCAUGAUGUCGUCCCCUGAGUACGCUGAAAACCCCUAUGGAGUUGAUUUUGACCCCGAAGAUGUCAUUCGCAGACUCAAGAACGGGGAGAGCGAAGCCUCUAUCAAGAUGAGGGCGAAUAUCGGACCGAGGAGUAUUGAGUCAAUACCUUCGCCUCCACCGAGGGAUGUUAGGGAUAAUUAUGAUAUCUUGAUGAAUUGA